CUGCUCCUCCUCCUCGGUCCCGCCCAGCGCGCAGCCCCGGCCCCCGCGCAGCGAGGAGAGAGGGGCGAAGGGAGUGCACCAGGGCGGCGCGGGCAUGGACGCCGAGUACCCGGCCUUGGAGCCCCCGCUCUGCGGCGAGCUCAAGCUCCUGUGCCAGCGGCUGCAGGAGGCGUACCGCGAGCUGCAGGAGGGCCUCACGCCGUUCAAGGAUGACCGCUACUACAGGCUGGCGCCCAUGCGGCUCUACACGCUCUCCAAGCGCCACUUUGUCCUGGUGUUUGUUGUCUUCUUCAUCUGUUUCGGCCUGACUGUCUUCGUCGGAAUCGAAGGACCCAAAGUGAUCCAGACUUCUGCAGCAAAUUUUUCACUAAGUAAUAGCAAAAAGCUAAAGCCAAUCCGAAUACUUUCAAAUCCUCUGUCCACGUAUAAUCAGCAGCUGUGGCUGACGUGUGUCAUCGAGUUGAAUCAAUCAAAAGAAACUUCUAUCCAGACGAGCUUUCCCAUGACCGUAAAAGUUGACGGCGUAGCUCAGGAUGGAACCACCAUGUACAUUCACAACAAAGUUCAUAACCGGACAAGGACGCUCACGUGUGCAGGGGAGUGUGCAGAAAUCAUAGUGGCUCACCUCGGCUACCUGAAUUACACUCAGUACACCGUGGUCGUGGGAUUCGAACACUUGAAGCUGCCCAUCAAGGAGAUGAACUUCACUUGGAAGACUUACAAUCCUGCAUUUUCCCAGUUGGAAAUCUGGUUCCGAUUUGUCUUCGUGGUGCUCACCUUCAUCGUCACUUGCCUGUUCGCUCACUCCCUGCGGAAGUUCUCCAUGCGGGACUGGGGCAUCGAGCAGAAGUGGAUGUCGGUCCUCCUGCCGCUGCUGCUGCUGUACAACGACCCCUUCUUCCCGCUCUCCUUCCUGGUGAACAGCUGGUUCCCCGGAAUGCUGGAUGACCUCUCCCAGUCCGUGUUCCUGUGUGCUCUGCUGCUCUUCUGGCUGUGCGUGUACCAUGGGAUCCGGGUUCAGGGAGAAAGAAAGUGCUUAACUUUCUAUUUUCCUAAAUUCUUCAUUGUUGGACUGUUGUGGCUGGCUUCUGUUACCCUGGGGAUCUGGCAAACAGUUAACGAAUUACAUGAUCCAAUGUACCAGUAUCGAGUUGACACUGGAAAUUUUCAGGGAAUGAAGAUUUUCUUCAUGGUGGUGGCGGCCGUGUAUGUCCUGUACCUGCUGUUCCUGAUCGUGCGGGCCUGCUCUGAGCUACGCCACAUGCCUUACGUGGAUCUCCGGCUGAAGUUUCUGACUGCCCUGACCUUUGUAGUGCUUGUCAUUAGCAUCGCCAUCCUUUACUUACGGUUUGGAGCACAAGUUUUACAGGACAACUUUGUGGCCGAGCUGUCAACUCACUACCAGAAUUCAGCUGAAUUCCUGUCGUUCUACGGCUUGUUGAACUUCUAUCUCUACACGCUGGCCUUCGUGUAUUCUCCAUCGAAGAAUGCUCUGUACGAGUCCCAGCUGAAAGACAACCCUGCAUUUUCCAUGCUGAACGACUCGGACGACGACGUGAUUUACGGGAGCGACUAUGAGGAAAUGCCUCUGCAGAACGGCCAGGCCAUCCGGGCCAAGUACAAGGAGGAGUCGGACAGCGACUGAGCCCCCGGCAGCUGCGCACGCACGGAGCCUGGCGUCCCUCGUGGCCGGUUCCUGGCCUCCGCCUAAACCCACUUGGUUCACUUUCUCAGAAGCAAAGAUUUCAUGUUCCUCAUUUGUUUACAUAUUUUUAAAAAGAGCAAAAAUCGAGGAUAAAUUUAAAUGCUGGGCCCAAUUUAUUGCCAAGGUGGUUAAGUCUGUCUGGUAAGAGAGACUCUGUUAACAUUUAAACACUAGGUUCUUUUCAUAGAGUUCCAGUGAGAGAGCACCUUUUUCUAUGGUGAGAAAGAAAUUACCCAUUUUUAGGAGAAUUAAUUACGUGCUUAGUUUUCCCUGAGUGACUCCAGCUCCAGGUCCCAGAAGCCCUCAGGGCUGAGGCCCACAUGCGGCGGUGUUGCUUUUCUGCCUGCCUUUAUCCACCGUGGUACCGUGUUCUUGUCCCUUCCCACUCCCAGGCUGGCCUGCCUGUGCAGUGGCCAGUGCCGGGGGGACGCAGCCUGCCAUGGCGGUAGCUCACACCAGCUGCAUUUUGUGAAUCGUGUGAAUCCGGACUCAUUAGGAAAAUGGUGGAUGCUGGCUUCAGCCCCUCCCUGUCACUAAAGCAAAGAUGACAGUGUCCUGGAGUCCUGAGGAGGGUCGAUAAAUUGGAUGAGGGCAGGCUGAGGUCACUUGCCAGUUGCCAGCUCCUGGGGGAAAGGCCCACUGGCCCCAGCAUGUGUGUGUGUGCACGGAUGUGACUGAAUGGACUUCCCUGGGCGGGGGCGGCAGGAGGCAACCACCCCCAUCCCAGGGAUUGGUAGUUUCUGCAGCUCUCUUGGAUAUGACACCUUAGAGAACUUUAUUUUUUUAAUAAAAACAAAAUGAAUGAACGAUAUACUAUUAUAGAUUAUCUCCAGAAAGUUUGUCAAUUGCACAUUUGGAAACUAGAUGAAAAGAAAGUAAAAACAUUUUAGUGGUUUUUGCAGCAACAUCUUUGAGUGCAAGGUGACCUGCUUGGAAACCAUUGCUGUCCCGUGUUCCACGUGGCGGUCAGGACAGCAGUGAGUUACUGUGGGACGAAACGUCUUGGGCAUAGCUGAACCUGUGUCACCCACAGGCCCAGGGGUGAUCCUCAGUCCUUGUCAGAGUCCAGGUAAGACAUGCACAGUAGCACCUCCGUUGCUACGCGGUCAGUGUUGUCCUGACUGGGCCACGUUGGAGGUCACUGUGCCACUCUGCAGGCCACACCUGCAUUUCUUCACCUGUGCGCCAACGGGCUCCUGGAUCCACGCCAUGGACACUGCUCGCUUCCCUUCACAUCUGAUUUAAACUAGCGAUAAUGUACCUUUACUGCAGGUCCCACUUACAGUUGUUUAAAAACCUUGUAAAUAUGAAUGUUUUCAUUAAAACAGCUGUAUUAUUGGAAGGGUAAUUCAAGUUUACAUAAUUUUUACAUUUGCAAUGACAUGAUGACUUUUUGAUUCUGUGCAGAGGUGUUAAAAUUUUUCUGUUACCGAAUUUUACAACUUCAGAUACUACUAAAUAAUUUUAUGUAAACUGAUGGUUUGUGCUGAUUAGUGUAUUCUAAUAUGUGAUAGAGUUUACAAGUUUUAAUAGUUAUAAAAUCAUCGUCCAUGAUUUGCAAUGCUGUUAUUUAUCAGUAAAUGUAAAAUAUCUGGGGGCUAAAAUAAUGGUCACAUACAUUAGAACGUUUUGAAACUUGCCUUUGUCCUAUAGUGUAAUUAAGAACUGUAUCUUCACACAUUGAUUUUCAAUGACAUCACUGAAGUGAAAAACAUGGCUUAUUUAUUUACUUUUGUAACUAGGCUGGAAACAAAAAAAAAAACGACAAGGGAAGUAGUUGAGGGGUACGGCUACUAGAUCAUACAGCUUCCACUUCUCUUCCCUGGUGUGUCAUGUGCACCAACAUACCUCACUGUCCAUGGAAACGUUUGCUAGAGCAUAGAACGUUUACCACGUAGCGUAUGUGCUAUAGGUAUUAAGGUAAAACACUAAAGUCUGCCAGAUACUUUUGACAGUAGUGAGAAAAUUCUUUUUCUUCAAGGGAAAGGUUUUUUUAAACUUAAAUUAUAAAUUCAAAGGGCCAAUUUUAGUUCUUUCAUGGUAAUAGCUUGAAUGACAUCAUCUUCAGAUAUUUUUUCCUACUGGUCUGGUCCAGGGCAACCUGGAAGAUGGCCGGAGUAUUUCACGGUUUCCCUAGGGAGAGCUUCCUUAUCCGUGUGGAUAACAGGUCUGCUUGAUUUAUUAUUAAAUCAUCGCCGCAGUGACCAAGUGCUGUUUUCUCUCAUGAGCCCCAUCUGAGAGGCUUGAGAGAGGAUAUGUAAAAUCUAACUCGAGGUUUCUAAGUUGCUACUGUACAUAAUUUGAAAAUGUCACCAGCUUCAAGUAGUUCAGGAACUGUUUGCUGAAGGUACGGUUAGGUCAAAUAGGUUACAGUGGGCUCACCUAUUUUCUGAAUCCUUUUCACAGGAAAACAGACUCAUAAAAGUUGGGAUAAUUGAAAGAGAUGUCCCUAAGAACACCGAACAGACUGGACUUAAAACACUGAAGCGUAUUUGUGUACUUUGAGCGGUUUAGAAACCAGUUGCCUCUUUAUAAGGAUACAGAUCUUUUCCCCAUGCCAAAGGGAAGUAGCUGUGGUCUGCGACAUCUUGUUAUGCUGUUUUCUCUUUUCCUAAUGCCCGCAGGCAUGGACGUGUGUCAGAGGAUGAGAAAAAGUGCCCGUGUGCGUGCUGUGAUCCCCUUUCUCCCACUCCUUCUCCCCAUCAGGAUCCUGGGCAUACAAGCACACACACAUACGCCUGGCUUGAGCUGCCAGGGCUGGGAUUCGAACCAUAGCUGGCCAUGUGGGAUCCGGCUCCUUCCACACAGCGCUUACUUGCUGCGCCCUGCGGUUUAUCUCCAGCAGAUGUUUUCUAUAUACUGGUAACUGCAACACCAUGCUAUGAAACAGAAGGACUUUCUACUACUGAAAACUGCCUUUUUACAAAAGACUGUAAAUAUUUGUAAAGUAAAUCUACAGUAAACUUUAGGCUCAAAAGGAGAGAACUAUUUGCCUUUGGAAGCUGCUGGCAGAGCACAGCACCACUGGCUGGGGUGGUAGCUGGAUCCACCUGGGAAAAGGGGACUUUGUUUUUGGCAAACUCACGUCUGGGGAAUGGCUUCCUUCUGAUACUACCUUUCCGGUCAAUGGUAAUAAAUUUUUAAAUACUCCUUA